AUGAGGGUAAAUGAAGUUAUAAUCUUCAAGCGACAAAUCAAUAACCAAAUACGCUCUCGCUGGAAAACUACAAGUAAAAUUUGUGCUUAUCUUGGUUGUGCUGCAACUGCAAUGGAGAUACCCACAAAUUUCAAUGGAAGUCUCCAUCUUUUUCAUUCUCAAAUUCACCAUUUGAUCAUCCAGUAUUCCAUAAUGGCCUUAAUCGCAAGCAAUCCAAGUGGAUUUGUUAAGAGUGUAUGUGGUGAGGAUUCAUGGGUAUCAGUUAAAAUUAAUGGAGCUUCUUCUUCUUGUAAGAGGAAGAAAACCUUUGUAGCGUGUUAUGAUUAUGGAGGAAAAAAGAGUUCCCAAAAUGCCCCUGAAAAGUUGCAACCUUUGUGGGAUGAUGGUUAUGGUAGAAAUAGAAAAACCAUGGAUUUGAUUAAGAGUGAUGGAGGGCCACCUAGGUGGUUUUGUCCUGUUGCUUGUGGCAUGCCUCUAAAAGAUUCACCUGUUCUUUUGUAUUUACCUGGAAUUGAAGGGACUGGAACUGGCCUUGUGUUACAUGAGAAAUCUCUUGGAAAGGUUUUUCAUGUUCAAUGCUUGCAUAUUACUUUUCAUGAUCGAACACCAUUUGAAGGUUUGAUUAGAGUUGUGGAAGAAAGUGUGAAGAUUGAGCAUAAUUUGUCUCCAAAUAAGCCGAUUUAUUUGCUUGGAGAAUCUUUUGGAGGAACAUUAGCACUUGCAGUUGCAGCUCCUAAUCCUACAAUUGACUUAAUACUCAUUCUAGCAAACCCAGCAACUUCUUAUGAGAGAUCAUCAUUGUACCCUUUAGUAGGCUUGCUUAUGGGUGAUUAUGUAAAGAUGGAAAUGGUUAAUAUUCAUAUUGGGCAAUUGCUUGGCAAUCUUAAUGGAGAUAUGAGUCAUAUGAUGACAACAAUAAUACCAAAAGACACUCUUAAAUGGAGGAUAAAGCUACUUGAAUCAGCUGCUGCCUAUGCUAAUUCCCGUUUACAUGCUAUUACAGCUCAAGUACUAGUUCUUGCUAGUGGCAAGGAUAACCUCUUACCCAGUAAAAACGAGGCUCAUAGGCUUUCAGGAUUACUAAAGUGCUGCAACAUACGUGUGUUUGAGGAAAAUGGGCAUGCAAUCUUAUUGGAGAGUGGUGUUAACGUGUUAUCCACUAUUAAAGCUUCUCAGAUGUACAGAUGUUGUUCAAAGUUUGAUAUUUUUAGGGACUUUUUGCCUCCAAGUAUGACAGAGUUCAAAACUUUACCAAUGGAGGCUUGGUGGUUUCGCCUUUACAUGGGUGCAACAAUGUUCUCAACAAUGGAGGAUGGAAAGAUAGUGAAAGGUCUUGCAGGGAUUCCAGAUGAAGGACCUGUAUUAAUAGUUGGUGUUAAAUAUGAACAUAUUAUGAUGCCAUGUGUUGAUAUAAUGAAGCUGUUUGGUGGAAUUCCUGUUUCUGGAAGAAAUUUGUUCAAAUUGUUAGAAAGAAAGUCGUACACAUUACUUUAUCCUGGUGGUGCAAGGGAGGUUUUUCAUCGUAAGGGUGAAGGUUACAAAUUGUUUUGGCCUGAUAAACAAGAAUUUGUAAGAAUGGCAGUGAAGUUUGGAGCCACCAUUAUCCCAUUAGGAUUUGUUGGGGAAGACGACAUAUUAGAACUAAUCAUCGAUUACAACGAUAUGAAAAGAAUCCCCUUCUUCGACCAAUUGAUGAAUGAAUUCAAUGAAGGGAGAAUAAACUUGAUGGAGGGGAUGAGUGGAGAGAUUGCUAAGCAACCGUUUCAUACUCCCGUAGUUUUACCAAAGCUACCUGGUCGACUCUACUUUAUGUUCGGGAAGCCUAUACAAACAAAAGGAAAGGAAAAUAUAUUAAAUGACAAAGAUUAUUUGCAAGAAUUAUACAUGCAGAUAAAAUGUGAUGUUGAAAAGAAUGUAACUUAUUUGUUAAAGAAGCGUGAGGGCGAUCCAUAUAGAAGUAUUGUUCAGAGGCUCCUGUGGGAAAUGAAAUAUGGGGAUUUAGAUCGAAUUCCAUCGUUUGAUCCAUGAACGUUAAUUUAUCUAUGUGCCUUUUGUGUUUACUAGGAUUAUCAGUUUUACAUUUUAUAUAUACUAGGAGUGAGACCCAUAUAUUACAUGAGUUU